AUGAGAUUAAAAGAGACGGGAAAGUUCUGGUCUUUGAUAAUUGCUCUUCAAAUAGUAAGUUGGGUUGCUGCAACAAGCAGGCCCUUUCCAUCAAAUUAUGGUAUUGGCGUUCAUCACUCAGGUCCAAGCCAGAGCCCAGAGACCCCCCAAUCAACAUCAACAGAGGGUCCCAAGAGCUGGGAAGAAGUGGCAAACAUGAACAAAGUGGCAAACUACAAAGAAGUGAGCAAAAUAGGGUCAAGUCCACCAAGCUGUGAGCACAAGUGUUAUGGAUGCAGCCCAUGUGAAGCUAUUCAAGUGCCAACCACAAACAGACACAGCCAUUUAGGCAUUCAGUACGCAAAUUAUGAACCGGAGAAUUGGAAAUGCAAGUGUGGCCCAUCAUUCUACACCCCAUGAAACUAACAACAUUAGACACCAAAAACGACCUCUUUCAUUUCUCGUCUCUUUGAUCAUAAUAUGAUCAAUGAUCAAGCCAUUCCACAAUGUACAAAAACUUGAGCCAUUUGUUUUAGUUCUCAAUCCUCAGAUGCCCUUCUUUGAGCCUAAUGUCUUGUAUUAGUGUA